AUUAUUUUUAUUUUUUGUGGAUUCCUUUUAUGUUGUUUUUUUCUCCCACCUGAUCAAAAAUACGACAGUUGUGCAAAUUGGAGUUGAAUGAGUAGACUAUUUUUAUCCAACAUUUACCAACAUCAAGUUCAUGCGUGAGGAUGGAGCAGCCGUCGGUGCAGUGCGCGUCUUUGGACACGGCGCUGCGCUCUAAGCGCUCCGUCGCUCUGCCCGCCUCCCUCUCUCUCUCCUUCUCUCUCCCUCUCUAUCUCGCGCUCUCUCCUCUCAUCUCCACCUCAAUCUCAAUCAGCGCCGAAACAGCACGGCACGAGAAAGAAAGAAAGGGGGGGGGAAAAACGGGGCAUCGAUUCGCAUCCGAGACAGUGACCGAUGCUCGCCAUUCCCUGCCCGACGUCUCCGCCGCCGGCACGCUGCGCCCCGCUCUUCCCGCUGUAAAAGCAGCUCCCCGCCGGGGCAGUCCGGUCGCCUUCUCCUGCCCCUUCCUCCCUCCCCAAACCCCCUUCCCUCCCUCCCUCCCUCCCCAGGUCUGGACGGCAGUUUAUUCCGUGGAUGCUGGAUGAACGAUCGGAGAGUUGUGAACAAGUGUGAGAAGAACGCCGAGGCUCCGCGAUCUGCGUCCCCCGCGCCGUCCACGGAAGACGAGACUCGGCCAGAGUUGUGGACGACAAUGGAGGGGACGUCCCUGUAUCUUCCUAUUGUUAUUUUACUCAUGCAAUGUUCCCCUUCAGUUCCCGUCACCGUGUCGACCAACAGACCUAAGGUGGAGGUGGAGGAGUUCUCAGACGCAGAGCUGUCGUGCCUGUUCCACACGGAGAGAGACCCGAACCCGCGCAUCGAGUGGAAGAAGAAGGCAAAAGAAGUCUCCUUUGUCUACUUCGACGGACGCUUCAGAGGUCCCUUUGAAGGCCGAGCGACCAUCGACGGGGCGACGGUGACCCUGCACAGAGUGACCCAGGAGGACGCCGGAGAGUACCGCUGCGAGAUCAGCGCGUCCCUGGACACGGUCAGCCUGGGCGAGACCAACGUGACCCUCAACGUCUUGGUGCCCCCGCAGACCCCCAUGUGCGAAGUCCCCGCCUCGGCCGUGACGGGCUCGGCCGUCCAGCUGCGCUGUCGGGACCAACAGAGCGUCCCGCCUGCCACGUACUCCUGGUUCAAGGACAACAAGCCAAUCAGCAAGCCCCGUCACGCCAACGCGACCUAUCUAAUCAACUCCCACACGGGAAUACUGGAGUUCAAGGCGGUCACCAAGGAGGACAGCGGUCGCUACAGCUGCCUGGCGUCCAACGGGGUGGGCUCGCCCAAAAUGUGUGAGGCCAAGCACAUGACCAUAGAGGACGUGAACAUCACCGUCAUCCUGGGGGCCGUGGUGGUGGUCUUCCUGCUGCUGGUGGUGUGCGGCUGCGGCGGGAUGCUGCUGCAUCGCAACGGCUUGUUGACUCAAGGACACAGAGGGAGGUCGUUCUGGAUCUCCCAGUGUCACGGCGCGGCCCACAUCAGCAGCCAAACCCUACACAGAGCGGACGACACGUCCAACGUCAACUAUGUCCCCCCACCCCAAGAACCCCAGGAUUUCAAACACACUCAGUCGUUCAUGCUCUGAGAAGAUGGCUCUCCUUCGACGGACAAUAACCCCCUCUCCCCCUCUUCCGUCCCUCCUCCUGUGAUGAGGUGCCAACGAUGGAUUCAGAUCUCUUUCCCCACUUUUGAUCUUCCAGCAAACACCAAACUCGAUCCUCGCUUUGUUUUGAUUUUAAUCUUUGAUUACAUCUUGCUUUUUGUGCUGUUCACUUUUUGCCCAUCGAAAUCCUCUUCUCUUACGGGACUCAAAGCAGCGCCCUGGUACUCUGCCGCCCCCUGCUGGUCAUAUCUAGAAAGUUAGCCUCUGUCUUUACCUUUUUUUUUUUUUUUUUUUUAAACCAAAGACUGAUGUUUAAUUCAAGUGACUUUUAUUUCCAUUUUAGAAACUGAAUCUAAGGGGAAUCUUCUGAAGCCAUACUGAAUUAUUUCAGUUGUUUCCAGACAACUCAGACUUAAAUAGAGCUUACCUCCAGUCAGUAUUUUGUCUUCUGUCUCAGGCCCAAACAUCAUUAAAAUCCCCAUAUCACGAUCUUAGUAAAAACCAGGAGGAAUAAGUUUGACUUGUUCAACUUGAGACCAACCCCCCCUCCGUCCUGAUGUGCCUGCAUGGUCUUCUUUGAUAAAUGUAUACAUAAAUUAUCUACAGUAAACCUUGUGCCUUUUUAAUUUCACAGUCAUAUCGAUCUCGGGAUCACGCUUUUUUGUAAACAAACUUGCCUUACUUUUCUGUCUUUAUAUAUAUAUAUUCUCGUGCCACUGUUUAUCGAAUGACGUGUGGAUGACUAUAGAGUUUUAUUUGAAUGAAUCAAUAAAAGUUUUUUUUCUUUUCUAAUAAACAUCCUUUUCUAUC